GACGACCCUGUGCUCGUCUCUUUGACCACGUCUUUCUCGAGCUCGCGAGUCUCGUUACUCCAGUCAUGCUGCAGCCAUUAUCCUCCCUCCUGUUUCUUGCUAUAGUGGUGGGUGCUCUAAAUGAGGAUCUGAGCGGUGUGCGCGAUGACUUGCAUUUUCAUCUGAAUGCGCGCGCAACGAACAAGGACGGAUCGACUCCGGUGUAUAAGGACCCUACGGCUGCUAUCGAGGAUCGUGUCAACGACCUACUGCCUCGUAUGACGAUACAGGAGAAGAUGGCUCAAAUUAUCCAAGGUGAUAUGAAUGGCUGGAUGAACUUUACAGAUCCAUUAGACGAUACUCUAACGUAUAACGCGUCCGGUCUUGUUGACAUGAUGGACACGAAAGCCGGUACUAUCUGGGGCGGCUAUCUGGCGCCAUGGGAUAAGUUCGUGUAUGGUGUCAAUGUCGGCCAGCACUACCUCAUCGAAAAUACUACGUUGGGAAUCCCCGCGAUGUUUCAAUCUGAAGGACUGCAUGGCUUUACCAACAACGGGACGAUAUGGCCUUCGCCUAUCGGUCUCUCAGCUUCCUUCAACACCGAGCUUCUCCAGAAAGCCGCGGCCACUAUCUCCGACGAAGCUGAGGGGCUCGGAUUUUCUCAAAUUUUUGCUCCAGUUCUGGAUCUGUCGCGUGAGUUGCGGUGGGGACGGGUAGAAGAAAACUUUGGUGAAGACCCAUUUUUAACUGGGGAAAUGGGUCAUGCCUAUGUUACUGGGCUUCAGUCUGGCCAAAGAAGGAACGUCAGCUCUACCGCGACUGCUCGUAUGGCCUCAACAUGCAAGCACUUCGCCGCAUUCGGAAGUCCACAAGGAGGCCUAAAUAUUGCCCAGGUUACGGGUGGCGAGCGCGAGCUUAGAUCCAUGUACCUAAAACCUUUCAAUCGCGCUUGCGUCGAGAGUCUGGCUAUCAUGACUGCAUACUCCAGUUAUGAUGGAAUUCCUGCCAUCGCCAACACGCACAUCAUGACUGAUAUUUUGCGCGACGAAUGGAGUUACCAAUACUGGGCUAUGACGGACGCUGGGUCAGUUGACUUGCUAAUCACCACUCACGGAACAUGUGAAACCCGUGAAUGUGCCGCAGCAACCACCGUAGAGAAUAUCCAAGGCGAAAUGGGAGGUGGCACCUACACCUAUCUGACUCUUCCUGAUCAAGUCUCCGCUGGGACCGUUAACAUCUCAUUUAUUGAUGAGACUGUAAAGACUGUACUUCGCACAAAGCUUACCAUGGGGCUGUUCGAAAAUCCUUACCCUUAUGCAGACUACAAUGCGACCCUGAGGACCAGUUCCACUCGCGCCCUACUUCACCAGAUGGAGCAAGAAUCUAUCGUUCUACUAGAGAACCAUGACAACGUCCUGCCAUUGAGCACCGGCCUGAGCUCUGUGGCGCUUAUUGGGCCACAGGUCGACCGUGUAUCACUCGGCGACUACGUCUUCUUCAACGCUUCGAACAAUGGCAUAUCCCCUCUCGAAGGCUUCACUCAGUUUCUAGCCAACACCUCUGUCAAAAUCAACUUUGCGCAAGGGUGUGAGCUCUGGUCGAACGAUCAGUCAGGGUUCGACGAAGCUGUCUCAGCUGCUCAAGCAUCUGAAGUCGUCGUGGUCAUGGUCGGGACUUGGACUUUAGACCAAACAUUGCUUUGGACGCCGGGAACUAACGCUACGACAGGAGAACACGUUGACUUGUCCGACCUUGGGCUCGUUGGAGCGCAGUUAGAUUUGAUAAAGGCCAUCAAGGCUACGGGCAAGCCGACUGUUGUAGUUCUCGUGAGUGGAAAGCCUGUCGCCGAACCAUGGAUCCAGGAAAAUGCGGAUGCAGUUAUUCAGCAGUUCUACCCAGGAGAGCUUGGCGGUCUAGCAUUAGCAGAGAUAAUAUUUGGAGCAGCGAAUCCGUCAGGGAAGCUCCCUGUUUCGUUCCCCCGUAGCGUUGGAACCACUCCUGUGUUCUACAACUACCUCAAGGGGUCGCGACCAAUCGACGCCGGUGUCCAGACGGACAACGGCACUCUUGUCUUUGGGCAUCAGUACGUUCUAAAUAGUCCUGUUCCUAUCUGGAGCUUUGGCCAUGGGAUGAGCUACACGACGUUCAACUACUCCGACCUCACGUUGUCGAGCUCAACCAUCGGUACUAGCGAUGACUUCAAUGUCUCUGUCACUGUGACGAACUCAGGCCCUGUGGACGGAAAGGAGGUCAUUCAGGUAUACCUGACGGACGUAGUCAGUUCCGUGGUUACCCCUAACCAGGAGCUUGUCGGGUUCUCGAAAGUAGACAUCCCUGCCGGACAAUCGCAGACAGUGUCUAUCCCUGUCUUGUCAUCACAACUGGCAGUUUGGACGGUCAAAAAUACGUGGGCCGUUGAGCCUGGAACCUUCGUGGUCAAAGUCGGAACGAGCGAUGAGACGUUCUUGAGUACGAAUUUGACGGUUUCAUGAGUAUGUACAGGAAACAUAUGGAAAUCGAAUCGUAGCGAAGGACUGUAUCAGAGUGACUGGAUGUAUUGGAUCUGAACGGGGAUUUUCACAGAAUGCUUGGCCCGACGGACCGGCCUGUAUAGUUUGACUCGGAGCUGCAUUGCGUCAAGAAGCUCUUCCGAAGACUGAGGGUAGCACGAACGAGGCGGAUCAUCACGAAGAAUAAACCAUGCGGCGGAACGGAUUUAUUGUACAGGUGGGAAUCUUGGUCUAAUAGUGAAUAAAAUGUAUGCAAUUUCAAAAAUAGCAAACAGCUGUGAUUUCGCCAAAACAAACGAUUUGGAGUUAAACAUGAGGUGUCACGUGCACGUACGACCAUCACGCAGAGCUCGCCCCAGCAGAAGAAUAUAACAGAGAAAGAAGAGCACACAACAUACGAGAAAAAUGUCACAUCAAAGUUUAUAAAUUCUCGCGAAACUCCUCGCGGUUUAGCUUGCGUUCGACGACUGGCCGGUUUUGCGAGUCACCCGUGCAGAUAAGAAGUGACGAUGAAAAUCUAGUCAAACCAUGGACGAUGUAUCUUUUGCGUCGCAUCUCGAACGCGGAGCUGCCACUUCGUCACUUGACCCCAUCCUGUGUUAUUCACUUUAUCAACCUGAGUGAUGGGGCACCCAUAAUGGGCACGAGUCCUCCUAAAAUCCACAAUGCAAGCUGAUUCCGCAUCGCACGAGGAGGUCAACCACCUCAGCCUUGGGCAACGCGUCGGCUCAUUGACAUGGAAUUCCAGGGCAGAGAGGAUGUCACGAAGAGGAGCGCUUUUCUCGAUGAUGAGGCGCUCGAGGGAGGGGAGCCGAUUGAAAAGCUCCGCCCACUGAGCGGCGGAAGGGAGGUACGAACAUCCAGAAUGGAUGGGGCCCAGACGGAGUGUUCUGAC